GGAGACUCCCACUUCCGGUCGCUCCAGCUGCUUCGCCGGUGCAGGCAGACGCAGUGCUGAGCCCACAGUUGCCGGACAAAGAGUGACGCCGGGAGCCGAAGUCAUGGCGGCGACCGAGCCGAGCUUAGCAGCCACCGGGAGCCCAGCAGCUGCGCCGCCCGAGCUGCAAGAGGGAACCGACCCUGAGCCCAACUCUGCGGGAUCCUGGAUUUCAGAGUCGUCUCCGCCUGCCCCUGAGCCCGCCAGCGCCAACGCCGCGAUCCCUGAAGUGAAUCCUGUGGCCCCCGCGGCCCCCGAGCUGCCUCUGGGGCCCGCACCCCCGGGUUCUGCGCCUCAAGCCGAAGCUGCCCCGCACUUUCCUACAGGUCCGAGUGGCUCCCGGCCCGGCCCCGAGACGUUCCGCCAGCGUUUCCGGCAAUUCCGCUACCAGGAUGCGGCUGGCCCCCGGGAGGCGUUCCGGCAGCUGCGGGAGCUCUCUCGCCAGUGGCUGCGGCCCGACAUCCGCACAAAGGAGCAGAUGGUGGAGAUGCUGGUGCAGGAGCAGCUACUGGCCAUUCUACCUGAGGCAGCUCGGGCCCGGCGGCUCCGGCGCCGCGCGGACGUGCGCAUCACCGGCUGAACGUCGAGGCUGAGCACUUUCUUAGACUGGGGCCAUGUUGGGUAGGGGGUCAGAGCCUGGCACCCCACCCCAUGUUAAUGAAAAACGAGUUUUGACAGCU